AUGGCUCGAGGCAAAGGCGGCACCCCUCGCCGCAACCAGGCCCACCUCGACGACGACUACUCGCCCACCUCGCCCUCGCCCUCGUCCAACACCAACUCGCCCUCGCGCCGCACCGCAUCGACCACGCCUGGGCCGGCAGGCUCUCCAGCUCGACUCAACUCACCAGGACCCGCCACCGCCGCACCAGGCCUCCCCGCCAAGCCCGAGCGAGGCCCGACCCCGCUCACCGCAGAGACCACCUACCACUCGCGGACCCGCCAGCUCCUCGUCGAACACCGCAAGCUCCGUCGACAGUGGAACGAGCUCAUCAUCCGCGGCCUCGUCGGCAGGACCAAAGCCGCCCUCGAACUCUGGGUCGACGUCGAACUCGCGCUCAAGGCCAUCGACAAGCAGGCAAAGGGCGACAAGGUCACGUCGGCCGUCCGCGCCGGCUACCUCUUUGCCCAGUCGGCCAAGCUCUCGGACCAGGUCGCCGCCGUCGAAGCCGUCUUUGCCUCGCUCACCGAGGUCACGCAGGGCAUGGCACUCCUCGUCGACCGCGCAGAGUACCUCGUCGUCGAGGCGGCCAAGACGCGCGGCACCCUCUUUGCGUUCCGCGAGCCGCUCUGGGUCACCUGGCCCCUCUCUCGCUUCGCCGACGGCGUCGCAGCGCUCAGCAAGCCCUACGCCGACUCGCUCGCCCUCAUCCGCGCCCAGCUCGACGUCCUCCUCCUCUUCCCCGAACUUCCUUCCUCCACCCCAUCCACCGCCGCCUCCCCCUCGUCCGACGACCGCCCGAGCGCCGAGCGUACGCGCCGCCGCCCGACCAACGAGCAGCUCCAGGCCGCGCUCAGCCUCCUCGCCGUCCAGCCGCUCCUGCCCGGCAAGGCGAGUGACGCCGGCGCCGAGGCGUGGGAGGAGGUGCUCGCCGUCGAGGUCGGCGGCUGGGAGCGGUGA